AUGAGCAUGAGUAGUGGAAGCAGCUGGUGGUGUGGUUUGAGGCCCGCUUCCUUCAACAUGGAAACCGAGUUGUCUACCAGAGGAAAUACUUUUGGUGGCAUUUUUGGCUCCUCUCCUAAGCCUAGAUCACUCAGGGUUCAGCCUUCUGAUGAAGAUGUUGAGGAUCUUCUCCCCAAUAGUAUUUCUGGCAAACCUUCUGGAACUGUUCUGCCAUAUGUUGGCGUUGCUUGCCUUGGAGCCAUGUUAUUUGGUUAUCAUCUUGGGGUGGUAAAUGGUUCUCUUGAGUACCUUGCCAAGGAUCUUGGAAUCAUCCAAAACACUGUUAUCCAAGGAUGGAUUGUCAGUGCAUUGCUUGCUGGUGCUACUGUCGGUUCAUUUACUGGUGGAACAUUGGCUGACAAAUUUGGCCGGACUAGGACUUUUCAGUUGGAUGCAAUCCCUCUAGCAAUUGGAGGAUUUCUUUGUGCUACUGCUCAGAGUGUUCAAACAAUGAUCAUUGGUCGCUUGCUAGCUGGUAUAGGAAUUGGUGUAGCAUCUGCAGUUGUACCACUUUACAUAUCUGAGAUUUCUCCAACCGAAAUUCGGGGUGCACUUGGAUCUGUUAAUCAACUUUUUAUAUGCAUUGGGAUUCUUGCAGCACUUUUGGUUGGUUUGCCUCUGGAGGGAAAUCCUAUAUGGUGGCGGACAAUGUUUGGAAUUACUGUAGUUCCAGCUAUUCUGUUAGCACUUGGGAUGACUAUUUCUCCAGAAAGUCCUCGGUGGCUUUUUCAGCAAGGAAAAAUAUUAGAAGCUGAAAAAGCUGUUAAAACACUAUAUGGAAAAGAAAGAGUGGCUUUGGUUAUGCAAGACAUGACAACAGCAAGUGAAGGUUCUUCUGAACAAGAAGCAGGAUGGUCUGAUCUGUUUAGUAAUCGAUAUUGGAAAGUUGUCAGUGUAGGGGCAACACUUUUCUUGCUCCAGCAGUUGUCUGGAAUAAAUGCUGUGGUCUAUUAUUCGACUGCUGUUUUCCGCAGUGCUGGAAUUUCUUCUGAUGUCGCAGCUAGUGCACUGGUUGGUGCAUCAAAUGUUUUUGGCUCAAUAGUUGCUUCGUCCUUGAUGGACAAACAAGGAAGGAAAAGUCUCCUUAUUACAAGCUUUAGUGGGAUGGGUGCUUCUAUGUUGCUUCUUUCUGUGUCAUUUACUUGGAAGGUCCUUGCACCAUAUUCUGGCACCUUAGCAGUCCUUGGGACUGUCCUCUAUGUCUUUUCCUUCUCUCUGGGUGCUGGUCCGGUGCCUGCCCUUCUUCUACCAGAAAUAUUUGCAUCUAGAAUCAGGGCGAAAGCAAUUUCUUUGUCAUUAGGCACACAUUGGAUCUCCAACUUUGUGAUUGGGCUGUAUUUCAUGAGUGUAGUAAACAAGUUUGGAAUCAGCACUGUGUACUUGGGCUUCGCAUCAGUGUGUCUUGUUACUGUCUUGUACAUAGCUCGUAACGUUGUGGAAACAAAAGGUCGAUCCUUGGAAGAAAUAGAACGUGCACUUAGCCCUGCAACCUAA